AUGAAAAUAUUUAUAUUCAUUUGAGCAUUCGCACUCCUUGCGACUAGCCUUAAAAUCGACCUUGAGAGAAGGCUAACCAAGGAGCCUAUUCAGGACAGAAUCGACCGUCAGAUAAAAGAAGGACGCCUCAAGAUGAUGACAAUUGACGAACUCAGAGCUGAUGCUAUGCUUAAAGAAAAGAAUUUUGGAGAUAAUCCAGUCAUCGAACUAAAAAACUACCAAGAUUUACAGUAUUACGGCCCUGCUUUUGUUGGAUCAAAGAACCAAGAGUUUAGUAUGGUUUAUGACACUGGAUCUGAGUGGUUCUGGAUCCCUAAUAAAGGCUGCAAUGGAUGUCCAAACAAAAAUGCAUUUGAAGCUGCAUCUUCAGACACUUUUGUGGACACCGGUGUUAAUCAAGAGCUGUUUUAUGGACAAGGUCAUGUAACUGGGAAUAUUGGAACAGAUAUGAUCGGAAUUGGAAAAGAUGACGCUGCUCAGAUGAGAUUUGUUCUUGUAGAUUUUGCUGAAGAUAUAUCAGGUCAAAAGGCAGAUGGUAUUGCAGGACUAACACCAACAACAACUCUUGGUGGAGACUUAAUGGUUGAAAAAUUAGCUGGAGAAGGAAUUAUCAAUGCUAAUGAGUUCACUGUCUUCAUUGGGAAAGCUGGGUUUGAUAAAUCAUGGAUAGAAUUCGGAAAGAAUAUUGACGACCAGACUGAUGUUAAAUUCUUAAAUCUCGAACCACUGACUCCACAAGACGAUCUUACAUAUUGGAGCACACCAUAUACAUCUCUCCAAGCAGGAGAUGAGACAUUGAACUUGGCAACAAAAAUGACUAUUUGGGAUACAGGAACGUCUCUGAUUGGGGCAAAGCCUGAUGAUGUUGUCACAAUGGCUCAAGCUCUUGCAAAGGGAAAAGAGAUUGGCCAAAUCCCAGAGGGAUUCCUCGCAUCGCUUUGCGAUAGAGUAGAUGACACCCCACCUCUUAUUUUUAAUUUCAAUGGGCACGAAGUCAAAAUCGAACCAAAAGAAUUUGUCCUGAGGAGCUCGGGAUACUGAGUAUACCUCAUCAUGCCCCUAGAUUUGGAUGGAAUGCUCCUCGGUGAUAGCUUCUUGAGAGGAUCAAAGAUCAUUCAUGAUGUUGAUGGGAAAAGAUUGGGUAUUUUCCCUCAAAAGUUCUACAAAUCAUCAAGUGGCCUUCUCUGGUUGUGGAUACUACUUCCAGUUCUAGGAGUUAUCCUGAUCGGCAUUGGAGGUUUUUGUCUUUACAAGAGAAGAGUGGAGAAGAAGUCCUACAUUACCGCAGGAGGCAAUAUCCAGAACAAGGCAAUGCACGGGAAUUAUCAAAGAGUUGGAGGAAAUUAGCGUCA